UGACCACUGCAGCAAGGAUGGAUACCUUCAGAUUUCUCGACCUACCAAAAGAAAUCCGACUAAUAGUCUACGAGCAACUCCCCUUCAUCAGACGACACUCCACGUUGAUUAUGCCAUAUACUCCGGACCACAAAGGCAGUAUCGUUCUCGUCCUCCAAGUACUUCCUCUCGCUAUCCUGAGAGUGUCCAAGAUGAUUCACGAUGAAGCAUCGCUAGACAACUGCUCCACAAACAGUCUAUAACAACACUGAGCUCUGGUGAGAUGGUUUAUUACCAACCAGGAAUGGUAUACUACGCUCAGGGAAACAUUCCACUGAUCAUCACUCCCUCGCUCAUCCAGUGGGCACAACACGCUGGUCUCUAUCUUGGACAGAUGAAGGUCCAUCCUAUCUUGGCUCGAUUUGCAGCAGACAACCCGAAUCCACCGAUGAGAUCCGCUGGAGUCCAGCUAUUGAUCAGCCAACCAGGUAUGGGACCAAAGUUAUGUGAGACAUGUCUCGAGGACCACAUACCGCUAAUGCACAUCCUGAUUUACUUCAUAUCUGAAAACCUCAGCAUGGCCCGAAAGAAGAACCCCAAGGUGAAUGUACUGCUUCUAGGUACGAGCGUGUGCACUCCAGAUGCUCAGAACGGAUUACAUUACCACGGGUCAGAAAACUUGCAGGAAGAGCUAAACAGUGCAUUGUGGUGGAACUGGCCAAAGUGUAGAUUGCAAAAGAAUGGAGGACAUAUUGUUGAGCUAGCGGCUUGGGAAGGAGAUUGGCAGGCUACACCUACAGUGGGGAUGUUGGGAAUUUCAAGUGAUGAGGAAAAGACGGAGAGUGCGACGUACAUCGACUUCGUCCAACAACAUGUAGCGUCUGAUGGGAAACGAACAUCUCGACACGAUACACUGCCCUCGUAUUAGAGAAGCCGCUUGGGCUAGCAUUCAAUUUGUGAUCAUUGAACCCAAAUUUAUGCGCCUUGUCCUGCGGCCGAAAGUCCGCCUACCCUAUAACCAAAUUUGAGCAAGUCUUGUCCCUCUAUCUGUGU